AUGCCGGGGGUUGUCGAUUCGCCCGAGGCGGAGUCCUCGAGGAAGCGCGCCAGGCGCGCCGCCGGUCACGAUGGUGACGAUAACGGUUAUGUCGUUGAGGUUAGGAACACUUACGGGAACCAGAGACCGGCUUUGAGGAAGCGCAUGCGCCUGUCUGAGGAAGGGCCGAGCAGAAGUGGUUUCACUCACCAGCCCAGCGAGGAUAGCAGCGGAGACUCUGUGAACGCGCGGGAUGCCGUUGAACCCCCAUCUUCUCCCCCGCGGACCCAAUACGACUUGAUGCGCGACGGCCACUUCGAGCACCUUCAAUAUGAAGCCCAGGACGACCAGCGUGCCACCCAACGGCUGCGCUCCCGCACCAACGUCCUUAGCCACAACACGGUCGCCGAGAACGGUAUCCUUGAGAGCGUCACAUGCGUCAACUUUAUGUGUCACGAACGCCUGCACUGCGAGCUCGGCCCUCUUCUCAACUUUAUCGUCGGUGAGAACGGUAGUGGGAAAAGCGCUAUCUUGACCGCAAUUACUCUUUGCCUCGGAGGCAAGGCAAGCUCAACCAACCGCGGCGGUAGUCUUAAGGCUUUUGUCAAAGAAGGCCAGGAGCGCGCCAUGCUGGCGGUUAAGAUCAAGAACCGCGGCCAUGAUGCUUUCAAGCCCGAGCUAUACGGCGACUCUGUCAUCGUCGAGCGUCACUUCUCCAAGUCCGGAGCCAGUGGAUUCAAGGUGAAGAGCGCCACCGGCGUCACCAUUUCGACUAAGAAGCAGGAGGUCGAGGAGCUGGUUGAAUACUAUGCUCUACAAGUCGACAAUCCUCUCAACAUCCUUUCACAGGAUAAUGCACGUUCGUUCCUCAAUUCUGCCAACAAGUAUCAGAAGUAUAAGUUCUUCAUCGAGGGCGUUCAGCUUCAGCAACUGGAUAACGAUUACCGCCUGAUUGCGGAAAACCUCGAUAUGAUGGUUUCCAAGAUUCCUGACCAGGAAGAAAUGGUUAACCGUGCUCGUGAAGAUUUCGAAAAGGCCAAACGCCUGCGAGAGUCGCUCGAAGGCGCUCGCCGGAUCCGAGCGAAAGCGAAGGUCGUGCGUGCCCAGUUGGCGUGGAUUCAGGUGGAGAACGAAGAACGCGAGCUCCAGAAGCAGGAGGAGAAACUAAAUCGUCUUAACGAGCAUAUCGCGCAAACAGACCGCGAGAUUGAGGAGCAGGCUGAGGCCCUCGCCCGGGCGGACCAGCAGAUCGCGCAAGCGGAGGAGCUCGUCAGCGAGGUCAAGCAAGAACAGGACGAUGUCAAACGCCGGUCAGAGCAGGCACGUGACGAGCUCAAUAGGUUAAGAGGAGAGCUGGAGAAGCUUCAUAGUGACGAGCGAGACGCCAACGAGAACUUGAAGCGGAUCGAAGAGGACAUUCAGAAGAAAGAGGAAGAAAUUGGUCGGGAACGAAAACGUCUAGAAAGCAAGAACAAUGGGCAGCACGCUGCUAAGCUCAAAGAGCUAGAAGAGGCAAAAGUCGAGGUAGCCAACCUUGGGCAGAAGCUCAAGGAAGUCAAUGAGCGGAGGCCCGAACUUAUCAAAGCCAUCGACGAGACAAACAAGAAACUUGAGCAGAUUGAUAAAGAUGUCACAUCAAAGAGGGUGCAGAUAGACAAGGUCGAAAACAGUAUCAGGAAUCUUGAGACCUCCCGCGGUUCCCCUUACGACGCUUACGAGCGUGGUGUCGCAGCUUUGGUUAAGCGGAUCGAUCAGGACAAUGGCUUCAGGGACAAGCCGAUUGGGCCUCUUGGUGCUUACCUUCGUCUUACCGAGCCACGGUGGUCAUAUAUCCUUGAAGCGACCCUCGGGGGCAGUCUAAAUGCCUUCUUAGUGACAAACAACCAAGAUCAAAAAAGGCUCAGUGCAAUGAUGAAUGAACUGAAUGUCCGGCAUUGCCCUAUUCUCAUUUGCAAUCCGCGUCCUCUCGAUCUGACCGGGAAAGAGCCCGAUCCAGAGUAUAACACGAUCUUGCGCGUGCUUCGGAUCGACAACAUCAUGGUUCGUGACCAGCUGAUCAUCAAUCAUGCCAUUGAACAGAUUCUUCUGGUGCCAGAGCGCGUUCGCGCCGAACAAAUAAUGUUCGAUGGCGCCCGGCCGCGGAACGUGAGAGCUUGUCUAGCGUUGCACGAUACGAGGCCUAACGAAGGCAUCAGGUUGACGGUCAACACCGGAGGGCCUUCGACCUCUCCCGUCCAGCCUGACAUGCGGCAGAAGCCGAGAAUCCAAACGGACUCUGACGCUCAGCUGAACCUACAGAGAGAGGCGCUCCAGCGGCUCCGGGCCGAGCUUAAUGCCCUCGAAAGCGAGCAACGGCGUCUCCGACAGGCAUCUCAACAUGCCACAGCUUCCCUACACCAGUUCGAGAGGGAGCGGCUUGACCUAGAGAGGAAGAUUCGUAAUGCCAAAGCUCUAGUCGAGACCUUGACCGCAGAGCUGGAAGAUUUGACGAGCGGCGACACGGGACACCUAAACGGGCUCGAGCAGGUUCUGAAGGACCUCGAAAAGCAACGGGAGCUUGUCGGCAUGCAGUUCGGCACGCUGGCUUUGCAAAAGCAAGAGAAGAACCGCGAAGUCGAAGAUGCCAGGAAGAAGCGUGCAGCCUGUCGCAAAGAAGAGGAAGAAGUGGAGUCAAAGCUUAAGAAGGCCGAAACGAAAUUGCAAAAGAGGCGGGACAUCCGGCAGGUCGUGCUGAUUGAAAAGAACAAUCUCCACGAGCGGCUGGACAAGCUCAACAGGGACAAGGCCGAACUGGAGGAUGUCAUCCAAGAGACGACACGCAAACUCGAGGCUAUGAGCGCAGAGGCCCGGACGGUCGCAGCUGAGCGCCCUGCCAUUCCCCCGGGGGAGACACACAGCAGCCUUGAACAGAAGUAUGCCUCUCUCGAUCGACACCUCCGCAAGCUUGAAAAAGACCGUGGUAAACCGGAAGAGGAAAUCCAUGCAGAAUACGCCAAAGCAACAGAGGCGUACGAGAAGGCUGUGCAGAGCCUUGAGUCCACCAAGCUCAUCAACCAGCGCCUGCAGCAGUCCCUUACUCAGCGCCUUGCCAAGUGGCGCAAGUUUCAGCGCUACAUCUCUUCUCAGUCCCGUGCCAACUUCAUUUACCUGCUCAGCGAACGCGGGUUCCGUGGCAAGCUGCUUCUUGACCACAAACGGAAGGCCCUUGACCUGGUUGUUGAGCCCGACCAGACGCAGAAGCAGGCUGCUGCGCGGAGUACCAAGACCCUUUCGGGUGGUGAAAAGAGUUUCUCGUCGAUCUGUCUGCUCUUGGCCAUAUGGGAAGCCAUGGGCUCGCCGCUCAGGUGUCUGGAUGAGUUUGACGUGUUCAUGGAUAAUGUGAACAGGGCCAUCAGUACCAACAUGCUGAUUACGGCGGCCCGUCGCUCGGUCAAUCGUCAAUACAUCUUCAUCACGCCGAAUGCCAUUGAGGGGAGGAAUACGCUCGAUAAGGAUGUCAAGAUUAUUCGUCUGACCGAUCCACGCCAGCGCACUCUUAUUAAUCACCGCUGA